AUGCCUUCUCAUACGCACCCACAGGCACAAUUCGUGCCAAUCUCCCCCGAAUUCGAUCUCUCUGCACUUGUUGAAAGCUGCGACAACUUCGAUUAUGUGACUAGGUUGUCGACAGAGAAGCUGAAGGAGCACUCAGUACAAAGCUUCGAAGCUCUUAUCCUGGCGGUUGUCAUUCAAAGCGGAAAGCCUCUCGUCAUCGAGAACUGGGGCGAAGCACUACCGCCAUGGCUCUUCAGCCCAGAUUGGCUUGAAGCCAACCUGGGAACCAAAGCCGAACAAGUUCGAGAUAUUCCUAAUGAAGUCAAUAUUCCUAUGACCAUGGGUCAUUACCUGAGGUCCAUGAAUCAACUCGCAAACCAGUUUACAACGGAUAACUACCGUGACCCCAAGCGCCAAAGACUGUACCUGAAGGAUAUUGACUGCCCUGAUACCUGGGCCGAGCAAUUGAAGUCGAUGAUCCCCGAUUGCGUCUAUUAUUUGAACGAGUGUAUCGAAUCAAGGACUGGAGGCGAUGGUGCGAUCCUGGAACGCAACGAGUACAACCAGAUGCGAUACGGGAAGGGUGUCGCGCCUGCUGGGGAUCUUAUGAGCAGUCUCCCCCCGGAGAUGCGGGCCCUCAACAUGAUGUGUUAUAUUGGUCACGAAGGAACUUACACUCCUGCUCAUCGAGAAAUGUGCGCCACUCUCGGUCACAAUAUUAUGGUCGAGGCUUCCAAAGACGGAAAUGGAGAGAAGCAAGGCAGCUCGAUUUGGUUCAUGACAGAGACGAAAGAACGGGAACUGGUAUCUGAAUACUUCUUGUCCAUGCUUGGCCAUGAUAUCGAGGUUGAAAAACAUUUUGCUCAAGUCAAUGCUUGGAAAAAGGCCCCUUUCAACGUAUGGGUAGUUGAGCAAAAGGUUGGAGACCUGAUUCUCAUUCCCCCCCUCGCUCCGCAUCAGGUCUGGAAUCGUGGCACCCGAACUAUGAAGGUCGCCUGGAAUCGAACCACUGUCGAUACGCUCGAGUUGGCUUUACACGAGGCUCUUCCCCGUGGUCGAAUGGUCUGCAGAGACGAACAGUACAAGUGCAAGGCUAUUGUGUACUACACCCUCCUGAAGUACUACAAUCUACUCCAGCGUGACACUGUCGAGCCGAAGAUGUGGAAGUAUGGGAGGAUUAAGCAGCUUCUCGAGGACUUUCGACGACUUUUCUCAUUGUACCAGGAGAUCCUAGUCAGUGAAAUGUUCUCGCCCAAGCUACCGGACGAGACAGAGGUCGAAAUGGUACCAUUUGAUUCAAAUGUAACCUGCUCCUACUGCCGUUUGAACAUUUUCAACAGAUUCUUGACCUGCAAGUCCUGCAUAUUGUAUGGGCUCACGGGCGAGGAAGAUACCUACGACAUCUGUAUGGACUGUUACGCUAUGGGUCGCUCUUGUGCCUGCAUAUCGUCUCUAUCCUGGGUAGAGCAGUGGGAUUGGAACGUCCUCGUCGACAACUAUGAGCUAUGGCGUGGCGUGGUUGUCCAGUUUGAUGGAUUUUUUGAUAUAAUGAGAUCACCGCAAGUUCUCGAGAUUGCGAGAAAGAGAUACGGCAAGAAGCCAAUUGCCGAAGUCUGCCAAGAGCAAUUGAUACGUAGGCCAUGGACUGACAUCACGAAGCCGAAAGAGCAGACUCCCGACUUUUCUGACGUUGAAGUUUCAGUAGACGAUGAAGGACGUGUCAAACGCCCCAAAAGAGGCAAGAAUGCUAGCAAAAGAAAGGGCAAGCUUGCCGCGAUGAAAGGCAAGACUCAUUCGUGCCAUAUUUGUUUUCACCAAGAGCAGGAUUGGAAACUUGCCUUUUGCACAACCUGUUCCUCUGCUUACUGUUACGGGGUGUUGUGGCGUGCCUUCGAUAUCAUGCCCCAGACCGUGAUGGAGGAUAAAGACUGGCAAUGUCCUAAGUGUCUAAAGAUAUGCUCCUGUUCAAAGUGUCGCAAGGGGAACGUGCAAAAGCCUUAUCAGCCGAAGGGAACCCUCCUUGGACAUGACACCAGAAAAGUUGCCGAUUACCGGAGUGUGGAAAGUCUGGUGGAUUUUUCAAAGACGAAUCUCGUCUGGCUCCGGGAUAACAACGCGGAAAACCCGCAGGUGUCUGGGCGAAUGUUGAGGCUGAAGGAAAAGGCGGAAGCUGAGAAAGCCAGAGCUGAUUCAGAUGACCAGGGGUAUCUUGCUAACGGCGCAGAGGGGGACCCUUUUCCGGCAGGCAAUGAUCCGGACACAGAUGCAAACGCCGCUCUGGAGGACCAUGCACGCGAGAUGCAAGAUAUAGACCCAUUAUUACGCGGCCCAGCACAAGAGAUGCCUGCCACGGAUGACAAUGCCCACGGUGUUGGUCACUACGGAGCUGAUUACGAUCCUACAGGAUUCACGCCUCACGGCCAUGAAGACUUUGGCAACGUGGGCGAUGACAUACAAAACGCUUGCAUGGAAGGCAACAACUACAGUUUUCAAGAUUACGAUGCCGCAAAUCCGCAGCCCGCAAACUGUUCAUCUCGUCUGCUUGCACCUGUUGCGCCGAUGGUCUCUCGGAACCCGACAUCUGCACCGACGCCCGCAGAGCCUGCUCAGCCUGCUCGAUCUUUUCAACCGGCCGAGCUAGUGUAUCCAGAUUCGUCUCACGUUGACCAGGAGCGUAUGAUGGGUAUCGGUUAUUACCAACAAGGUGACGAUAUUGAUAGGAUUCUUUUCGACCCACCUAACGCAACCGAAUCCUUUGUGCGGCCAUCAGAGCCUACGGCAGCUGAAGCUCCAAAUCUGUCCCUCUCCGAUCUCCUUGAUCCUGCUCUACAACCACCUGAAGUUAAGAAGCGGAAACGACAAGGCUAUGAUGACGAGGGCGAGGAGGAAGAAUUCUUCGCAUCCAAGCGGCAGAAGAUGCUCGCCUUGACGAAGAAGCACAAGUCAGAUGCUGAGAACGUGAUAUCAGACAUCACAUUACCAGAGAAGCGCCUGCCCCGUCGUAGCACUGGUAAGCCUCAAAUUUAUACGGAUCUUGGCGAGGAUGCUAUUGCACCUGAAGAGGAUGCAGCGAAUCUCAUUCCGGCCUACCACUACGACCGUAGGCCUCCUAAAACUGACAAGCCUGAAGAAGGUCUGGAGCUCGCUGCUCAAGCAAUGAGUAAUCUUAGCAAUCCAAAGGCCAAGAGAGGCAGACCCAAAGCUGAGCCCAAGACGAACACCAUCAAGACGCCUCGCAAGUCGGCUUGGCUCACUCGUAAAGAGGCGGAGGAAGACUCCGGUGUGGACUAUUCUGGUGGCUUGCCGAAAAAAACCAGAAGGAAUCGUACUGACAAGGCGAUUGAUGCUUCGAGAUCCAAUUCGGAAGCAAUCGAGAUGUCAUCUAGUGCCAGGUCUGACAGCGAUGGCGGAGCCGCUGUCGGUAAUUACAGUGAGAUUGGUGGCGACAGAGACAGCCUUUUUGGGGAGCAUUUGGAACGUGAUAACCAUGCCAGUGCAGAAGGUGCUUCUAAAGAGCCUCAAUCAGUCCAGUUGGCUAGCGAUGAUGCCGAAUCUCUACAGCCACCUUUGGAAUCACAACUUGCGCCGCAAGACGAGUCAGACUUCGAAGUCGCUGAGAAGCCUACCCCGAAACGUGGAGGCAGACCUUCCCGUGAGCGAUAUGAUGAUUCACAACCGGAAGUCCAGCCGGAGAAGCCGAUGCUGAAACGCAGAGGCAGGCCGCCCAAAAAAACUCAUCCGCAUACAGACCUCAGAUCACCCUCGCCAGCAACCCCCGCUGCCCCAAAAAUGCUUUCAAUGAAGGAGAGAAUGGCCCUUGAAGGCAAAACCUUCAAGACUGUUGGCGGUAAGCAAAAGGCACGAGUGGAGAUCCCUUCUGGCUUCUCGACCUCUCGAAACACGCCGGUGACUACGCCAAAGUCUAUUCUGAAGCAACCAUCCAUCGUGAUCCCAACGUUGUCCAAUGCCAUGGGAUAUCGAUCACAACCGGCGCAAAAUAGCACAGAUAAUUCCCUGGCCACUACUCCUGCCGUUAUCUUGAGUAGCAAAAGAACAUAUAUAUCGACCUCAGGCCAUUCAAACCCAGUUCCAGAACAGGCCUCGGCUCCGAGUCCACCCGUCCGCAAGGGACCAACAGUUGUCCGCUUGAUCAGUCCGGAUUCAGAAUCCGAAGAAAACGACAUACAUCCGUCGGUUUCGGAUAGAUCACCUUCAGAAUUCGAGUCUUCUUCGGACGCUGAAAUCCCCGCUAAGAUUUCACCAAAGACCACCCGUGGUACUGCGGUUGUCCGAGGACGUCCGGCUGCAAAUGCAGCGAGACGAGGAGGGCGGCCCUCUGGAUUGGAGGAUCGGACUUGCGGGGCUCGGACCGGGUCAUUCUUUUCGCAAGGAACGUAUGGUAUGAAGCAGGAGCUGAUCACGUUUCACGUAAAUCCACAGAUUGCUAUCAGGGCAUUCUCUAUAUGGUUUAUGUGCGUUACUAUGCGUGAUGACCGCGAUGGAGUGAAUUUUGUCUGUCGUCUGUACUCUAGAAAACUUGAGGCUCAAGUGUGCAACGCGCACUUUCCGGGAAGAUUUGACAAUGAUCACAUAGUCUUUCUCCGACUCUGUGCAAAGCCUCAGUUACGGAAUCUCAGCUGGAGACAUUUGGAUGACUUGCUUAUGUCGGGUAUCAUCAAUAGAAGAGUCACAGCUGACAACAACACCUUGUUGUAA